AUGGCGUCGGAGGCAAAAACAUUUGGAAGUGCGGCCGAAGAGGCUCGGCACUGGAAAGCACAAGUCGACGAGAUGCGCGCUGCGUUGCAUGAGGCUGAAACCGGCCUACAGGAAUUCAUGGAAAGUAGUAAGGAACUCGAGGCGGAGAUGGAAGCUGAUAUGGCCGCGACCAGUCAGCGCGCAGAUGCACUGCAGACAGAAAAUGAGCAUUUGCGUGCUGACGUGGAUGAGUGGCGGACCAAGUAUCAGAAGUCGCUCGCCGAGCACAAUGUGAUGCUCUCGGAACUGCAGCGGGAACUGACAAAGCUGCGUGAGACGCAUGACGUGUACAAAACGCGUCUUCGUGACAUGGAGGUCGACAAUGACACACUUGAAAAUGCAGAGAGGUAUGUGAGGGACGAGAUCAAGAGAGCUGUGUUGCUUACCGGCAGAAUGAUCAACUCGUCGCUUCAGGACAUGGAGAUGCGAUAUCACCACGCCAUGGAACGUACGGCGCUGCUUGAAACAGAGCUCGAAGAAAAAUCACGUCUUGAGGUCGAAAAUCAAAGACUCAAGGAUGAGCUGCGGGAACUACGUGAAGAGCUGGCCGUCACACAGCAGACGUCACCGAUGGCUCUUUCUCAUGCAGCACAUUCGCCCUCUAUCACUUCCAUUUCGUCCGCACCACGACCCGAUCAAGGCGAACUCACACUCAGUGACCUUGUCGUCAAGCCCUCAUCUAGAUCAAGUGAGCACGAUAUCAGCUCAUCGGGCACUGCGCCUCCCGACCGUACUGCACCAGCCAACACGCUGGAGCGGCUUCGUGAGCACAUGUACCAACUGCAGCAGCGCUUGCAGCGUGCGCAAAUAUCUGCCACAAACACAGCUCUACAGCGUCACUGGCAACGUAGCUCGAUACCCCGACCCCGGUCUAGUAUGUCGGCCAGUGCUAGCGGAGCUGGCGGUGGCGGCCAACCGGCCUCUCCUGCUGCAUGGCGGGCGCCGACGCCAUCCUGGCAUGAGAGGCCUGAGACACCGGGUGAAUUACGUCGAUCCAUGCAAUCCAGCUCGAUUCCUGUGCCUGUGGGGGGCCUCUCUCGCUCGCAGUCCCGCUCGCGGCCGUCAUCGCGCAUGACGCACGACGUGCAGUCGCCCAUUGGCCCCGUGCCGUUCCAGUUCAUGGAACAUGACCCAGCUGCCUCGCCUGUCUCGUCGCGGCAUUCAGCAUUAUCGCGACGGAAAAGCAUGGGUGCCAUUAGUGGAAUCCCACCGCCUGCCUCGCGCGCGCGUGCGCCGUCGAGUACCCGCUCACCGUCGAAAAUGCCUCGGCCUGUGUCUCCUGCGCGCUCACCCACGAAGCGGACUACACCCAUCCCAUGGCGAUAA